ACGGUGUGUGGCGUUUUGCUAAUCAACCGUGAAAAAUCAAAAAUCCUUUUAGUCCGAUUCCCAACGCAACCUUUUUUCCAAAUUUCUAUAGCCGAAUCAAAUCUAUAUCACAUCAAACUUCUCUCUCUAUCUCUCUCUCUCUCGCUCUAAACGCACCGUAUGGCAGCAAGAGCUCGCCUGAGCAGGCGAAUAGGCGCCGCUGCAAUCGCCGCCGCAGCCGGAGGCGGAAUCCUGCUCUUCGGGCCGACGUUCUCUGCCAGCGACCGCGGUGAAGCUGGGGCACACAUAUCAGCAAUUCGGCAGAGGAUCACCGACCCCAACGUCGUCGUUCCGUCCAGGGCGACUCAGGCCUCUGCGCUGAUCGGCGCCAACUCGGCCAACCCGCUCGACAUGCUCGUUAUCGGCGGCGGCGCCACCGGCUCCGGUGUGGCACUCGACGCUGUCACGCGUGGUCUCCGAGUCGGGCUCGUCGAGCGCGAGGAUUUCGCUUCCGGCACGUCCUCAAGGUCCACCAAGCUCAUUCACGGAGGGGUACGUUAUUUGGAGAAAGCUGUGUUUAAUCUUGACUAUGGACAACUGAAGUUGGUAUUCCACGCACUUGAGGAGCGUAAACAGCUUAUUGAAAAUGCGCCACACCUAUGCAAUGCUUUACCAUGCAUGACACCAUGUUUUGAAUGGUUUGAUGUAGUAUAUUACUGGGCGGGCUUGAAAAUGUACGAUUUGGUAGCUGGACGACACCUGUUGCAUUUGUCCAGAUACUAUUCUGCAGAAGAGUCUAGUGAGCUCUUCCCCACACUUGCAAGGAAGGGUAAAGAUAGAAACCUGAAGGGCACAGUGGUUUAUUUUGAUGGCCAGAUGAAUGACUCGAGACUUAAUGUUGGAGUAGCAUGCACUGCUGCAGUAGCUGGUGCAGCAGUGCUUAACCAUGCAGAAGUUGUAGCAUUUCUGAGGGAUGAAGAUGGCAAGCGGAUAAUUGGUGCACAAAUCCGAGAUAAUUUAUCAGGCAAAGAGUUUGAUACCUAUGCAAAAGUAAUUGUCAAUGCUGCUGGGCCAUUUUGCGACUCUGUGAGGAAAAUGGUUGAUAAAGAAGCACGGUCUAUGAUCUGUCCUAGCAGUGGUGUACAUGUCGUUCUACCUGAUUAUUAUUCACCUGAGGGAAUGGGUUUAAUUGUUCCUAAAACCAAGGAUGGACGUGUUGUCUUCAUGCUGCCAUGGUUGGGACGAACAGUAGCUGGAACUACAGAUUCCAACACUGACAUUACGUUGCUUCCAGAACCACAUGAGGAUGAGAUUCAAUUUAUACUGGACGCCAUCAGUGAUUACCUUACUGUUAAGGUAAGGCGAACGGAUGUUCUCUCUGCAUGGAGUGGUAUACGCCCAUUGGCAACGGAUCCAUCUGCAAAAAACACUGAGAGUAUCUCCAGAGAUCAUGUUGUAUGUGAAGAUUAUCCUGGUUUGGUCACAAUUACGGGUGGGAAGUGGACUACUUACCGUAGCAUGGCAGAAGAUGCGGUUAAUGCAGCUAUAAAGUCAGGAAAGCUGAGCCCCUCCAGUAAAUGUAUAACUCAAUAUUUUCGCAUUAUUGGUGGAGAUGGAUGGGAUCCUUCAUCAUUUACAGUUCUUGCUCAACAAUAUGUACGCAUGAAGAAGACUUUCAGUGGUAAAGUUGUUCCUGGUGUAAUGGACACUGCAGUAGCAAAGCAUCUUUCUCACGCAUAUGGAACAAUGGCUGAACGAGUGGCUGCCAUUGCUCAGAAUGAACAUAUGGGGAAGAGACUUGCCCAUGGAUAUCCUUACCUAGAGGCAGAGGUUGCAUACUGUGCUCGGCAUGAAUACUGUGAAUCUGCUGUUGAUUUCAUUGCCAGGAGAUCUAGGCUUGCUUUCCUUGACACUGAUGCAGCAGGCCGGGCAUUGCCACGCAUAAUUGAGAUAUUGGCAGCGGAACAUAAUUGGGACAAAUCAAGGAAGAAAGAAGAGCUUGAGAAGGGUAAAGGAUUUUUGGAGACUUUCAAGUCAUCAAAGAAUGCACAAUUCCAUGAUGGAAAACACGAAUAGUAUAUAUAAAUGCUAUUUUAUUUGUUAAUUUCAUCAAUAGUUUCAAAAGUACUACAACAACAAAAAAGCCUUAAUCCCAAAUCAAUGGUUGUAGAAGUGCUGAAUAAUUAUUGGUCAUUCUUCAUUGUGGUUCAGGAUCUAGAAAUAAAAUUGUUCACCAAAAUUUUUCUAACCUUA